AUGAACUUAUCAUCUAACCAAGUCACUAUGCAACACCACAAUGGAGCUCUCUUGACAGAUGAGAACAUUCAACAGCUCCUUGCUCAGGCGGAGCAACGUCUCUGCAAGAAUACAGAAACAGUUAAUGACUCGAUUACAACCGAUCAGUCCGAGCAGAGCAUCCCAAAUAUCCCCAAGCUAUCUACCGGAUCGUUUUUGAAACCUUACGUCCGGCAACACAAUGAGCUUGCAGUUAUUGAUACUGCACGAAUAACGGGUCCCAUGACUAACAUUAAUCACCAAUCACUGGCUAAUGAACAGACAGCAUGGAAAUUCAAACAAGAUAAACCAACCGCGGGUAGUAACUGGUAUCACCUUCCGAAGACGGAAUUGACGCCUGAAUUGAAGAGAGAUUUACAACUUCUACGGAUGCGUUCUAUAUUGGACCCCAAACGACAUUACAAGAAAGAGAAUAACAAGGCCCAACCGCCAAACUACUCUCAAGUAGGAACCAUCAUCGAAGGCCCAACCGAAUUCUUCAGUGGCCGCAUUGCCAAGCGAGACCGCAAGAGAACAUUUGUGGAGGAGGCCCUGGUUCUGGAAAACGAGAACAAGCGCUUUGAGACUAGGUACAAUGAUGUACAAGGCAAAAAAAGGAGUGGCAAGAAAGCGUUCUACAAGAGUCUACGAGCCAAACGGAAUUCUGGUGGAAAGAACCGACACCGAUAA